AUGAGUAUCCUGCCGUGCAGUUUCCUCUUCCUCCUCCUCAUCUGCCUCCCUGUCCUGGCUGAAGCUAAACGUCAGCCUGGUCAGGGGAAACCGGACAAACCUCGCCAGCCUCCGCCAUCACCUCAACCGGCCAAGAGACACAGAAAUCGCUCUGUGCCGGGCUCCGGAGAGCUGACCACGAAGGAGGGACAUCGCUGCAUCUGGCAGACGUCCGGUGAUGGCCUGGUGAGCCUGCUGGUGAACUGCAGCACUGAAACACUGGGAGAGCAGCAGAGGUACUGGUGUCGCUACGCUGGCAAACCAGACCUCUGCCAGGCCUACGGGUUGAAGUCCAGCCAGUACUGGAAGCAGCUGGUGGGGAAGCUGAAGAAGAGGCAGAACGCCUGUGAUGGAGAGAAAGUCCUGAAGGCCAAAACCUGCAAGAAGUCACCCGUCGAAGCCCACAUGAAGCUCGCCCAACGCAGCGGAGAGGAGGAAAGGAAGGGAGGCAAGGAAGGCGGGAAGAAAAGAGUGCUGCCGGCCGGUAGGAGCUCAGAAGGAGGGAAGGCAGAGAGGAGGAAGAAGAAGGAGGAGGAGGAUGAAGAGGAGAAGAAGAAGAGGGAGGAGAGGACUGGGUUUGAUGAGGAAGGAGUGAUGAACGACAUGGAGCCGGUGCAGAAUUACUGCAGCGAGGGAUGGAACUCCGUCUGCUCGUUCUUUAUCAAGUUUUUUGAGGGCUGA